AUGAAGCUUUUCAAAAGUCCAAGACUAAAUUCCUGUCUCAUACUAAGUAUAUGCUUAUUAUUGCAAAUUUCUAAUACAUCACCAGUUCCUCAAGGUCAUGUCUCAGGCUUUUCAAAUCCUGAUGAAGUUCAAGUAAAUUACCCAGAUGAACUCUCAACUGAUCAUAACAUAACAGAAAUCAUGGAUAUCAACAAAUCAAACACAUCGGAGGCUCAUGGUGAUGAUGAAUAUUCUUUAUUUAAAUCAGGAUCAAAUAAUGAUAAAACUGAGAUUGAAUUAGAAGCCGACAAUUCUGAAAAAGAGCAUAAAAAUGAAUUCGAUUUAGUUCAUCUAUGUUGGAUUAUUCCAAUUGGUUUGUUGUUUAUGAUAGGUUCAUUAGGAUUACUUUGUGGUAAUUACACGUCGGUAUAUCUCAUUUAUCACUUGAUAGUUGGUACAUACAAAUUAUUAAGACUAAAUGAAGAUGAGUAUCCACCAAUACAAGAGCCAGAAACUGAACUCCCAGUUUCCAAUGAUAGGGAUCCAAAUUCAAACGUUGUAACAAGAUCACAAAUUGAUUCCCAUAUUUAUGACCAAAACAAACUAGAAGAAGUUUCCAAAUCCUCAAUUAUACCACCACAUGAUUCUUAUAAACUUAUUACUACAGAUCAAUUAGAAACACCUGAAUAUGAAGAGUGGAGAAACCAAGAUGUUUGUUUGAUCUGUCUUGAAUCAUUUAAUGAGAUCCGAGAUCAUUUAGCUCAACUACCUUGUGCACAUACAUUCCAUUAUUCAUGUUUUAUAAAGACAGGCAGUAUAAAUGGGGAUAGUAAUAAUGUACUUGGGAGUCCAAAUAUGAGAUGUUGUGCUUGUCAAUUAAGUUUGAUUAAAUAUCAUCAGUAUCUUGCUGAUUAUAAACUAGAUCAUAAACAAGUUGAAUUUGUUAAUAAGUGA